UGAACCUCCUGCUGCCGAUGGAGAAGAAGCGCCUGAAUAUCUUCAUUCCUUCUCAUGUCAGGCGGCCAGUCAACUUGACAAUCAGUAGAAUACACCGAAGGACCAAGCAAACAUCUCCUACAGUUAUUUUAUCUACUUUGCUGCAAAACAACCGCCAUAUCUAGCCGUAUCAUGCAUCCAAUAGAAGUGUCAAUCCCGUCUUUUCGGUCGGAGGGCAGUAGCGUGGAGAAGGGCUACACGGUUUUUAAGAUCGAGGUGCUCAUGUGUGGCAGACAGCAUACUGUUGAGAAACGAUACAGUGAAUUUCACGCGCUUCAUAAGAUGUCCAGCCGCAACCCAUCUCUGGGAAACACCCAUACACACUCACUCACUCAUACACUACGGACAAUUCAGCCUUCCCAGUUCACCUGUACCACAUGUCUUUGGACUGUGGGGAAACCGGAGCACCCGGAGGAAACCCAUACGAAUGCAGGGAGAACAUGCAAACUCUACACAGAAACGCCAAUUGACCCAGCUGAGGCUCGAACCAGCAACCUUCAUGCUGUGAGGCGACAGCACUACCUACUGCGCCACUGCGUUGCCCCAAAAAUGAAACAAAACAUUGUUUUUGCAUUCAUGAUCACAAGAUGUUCUUUGUUGAUAUUAUAAAAAAACUCUUUUUUUAAUGCCAAGGUCAUGAGAAAUAUGCUAACAAUAAGGCUGAAUUAGUUCCUGUUAAUGAAUUUACAAACAUGAACAAACAAUGAACAGGAUUAGUUUUUGCUCUAAAGUGCAUAUGCAUUUUGUAUGUUUAUGGAUAGUGUAACUAACUGGACAAUCUUCCCAGAAAACAUCUCAGAGAAUUUAAAUUUAAAGCAUGUACGAUAAAAAAUAACAGGGGUCCUAAGACUGACCCUUGGGGAAUAUUGCAAUUGAGCCAAAGUAGAGAAAAAGUCGGCCAAAUUCACAAAGAAAGUCCUUUACUUUGGGCUGGAAAACAUCUGUAUGCAGAGGCGCAGCAACCUCACUUUUAGAGACAGGCCAUUUAGAAACAGGUGAUUAAGAAUGUAAACUUCUGGAUUUCUUACAGCUGUCCCCCCAUUUUUAAAAUGUCCACUACGCCCCUGGCUGUAUGUAUACAUACAUUAAUAUAUGUAGAGUGGGUACAUAAAGUAUUCAGACCCCCUUAAUUUUUUUCACUCUUUGUUGUAUUGCAAUCAUUUGGUAAAAUCAUUUAAGUUCAUUUUUUCUACAUUAAUGUCCACACUGCACCUCAUAUCUACAGAAAAACACAGAAUUGUUGACAUUUUUUGAUUGAUUAAAAAUGAAAAACUGAAAUAUCAGAUGGUCCUAAGCAUUCAGAUUCUUUGCUCAAUUUUUAGUAGAAGCACCAGUUUGAUGUAAUACAGCCGUGAGUCUUUUUGGAAAAGAUCCAUCAAGUUUUUCACACCUGGAUUUGGGGAUCCUCUGCAAUUCCUCAAUAUGUUUUUUUUUGUGUAUAUUUAAGUCUGAUAGAGAACUAAAUUCAAGAGGAAUAAUGUUAAACCAUAUUUAGUGAAAUUAUUAUGUUCUUUAAAAAUAAAAGCUAAAGUCAGACCAGUAUUUAUUUGUCCCAAUCAAAAAUAAAUGGAAAACUGUUUCUUGUAAAAGACCACAUGUCGAUGCCAAUAGCCUAUUGAUUAAGUGCACCGACAUAUACUGUAGCACCAUGGUGCUCACGGCGACCCGAGUUCGAUUCCCGGCUUGAGAUCCUUUGCUGACCCUUCCCCCCUCGCUGCUCCCAACUAUUUCCUGUCCAUUAUCUGCACUAUUCCAUUCAUUACAAGGUUAAAACCCCCUAAAAAUUACAUGAAAAGGACCAAAGAAUAAUCAAUGCCAUUUUAUUAACAGUGUACAAAACAAUACA